AUGGCGGGCGCCUCCUGGUUUUGGGUUCUUAUCCUCGUGGAGCUCCUCCUGCGGCCGGGCAUGGCCAAGCCGACGACGCCGCCGCUGCCGGUUCUCCCCUUGCCCACGGCGGCGCAGCUGAAAUGGCAGCGGAGGGAGGUCAUCAUGUUCUUCCACUUCGGGAUGAACACGUUCACCAACUCGGAGUGGGGGACGGGGCGGGAGAGUCCCCGCCGCUUCGCCCCGGCGGCGCUCAACGCGAGCCAGUGGGUCGACGCAGCCGUGGGCGCCGGCGUCUCCCUCGUCAUCCUCGUGGCUAAACAUCACGAUGGCUUCUGCCUCUGGCCAUCCCGGCACACCAAUCACUCCGUCGCCCGGAGCCCCUGGCGGGCUGGUGAGGGCGACGUCGUCGGCGAUCUCGCCGCCGCCGCAGCCGCCCGAGGCGUCGAUGUGGGUCUGUAUCUCUCCCCUUGGGACCUCCACGACAGACGCUACGGCCUUAAUCGAGAGUACAACGAGUUCUACUUGGCCCAACUCCAGGAGCUGCUCUCCAGGUUGACGAAGAACAUCUCUCUCUCUCUCUCUCUCUCUCUCUCUCUCUCUCUCUAUCUAUCUAUCUAUCUAUCGAUCUAUGUUGAUUCUUGCACUGCAGGUACGGGAGAGUGGCGGAGAUAUGGUUCGACGGAGCGAAAGGGAAGAAGGGGAAGAAAAUGAUGUACUACUUCGAGGACUGGUUCGCCAUGACGAAGCAACUCCAACCCUCCAUCAACAUAUUCUCUGAUGCCGGGCCCGACAUCAGGUGGGUCGGAGACGAGGCGGGCUACGCCGGAAGCACCUGCUGGUCUCCGAUCAACCGCACCAGACUGAGAAUCGGGGACGCUAACCUCGAAGCGUAAGCAUCGAUCCGUAGAGCCUCCUCUGUUUGACUUCCUGAUACUCCUCCGGACGUCUCAUUCAACUGCUUUCAGGUACCUGAACGGCGGAGACUCGGCGGGGACGGAGUGGGUUCCCCCGGAAUGCGACGUUUCCAUCCGCGACGGCUGGUUCUGGCACGAAGACGAGCGACCGAAGGAGCUGAACCAGCUCCUGGACGUGUACUACAAGUCUGUGGGGAGGAACUGCGUGCUCCUUCUCAACGUGCCGCCGAAUACGACGGGGUUGGUGGCGGACGCCGACGUGAGGAGGCUGCGGGAAUUCCGCGGCGCCGUCGACGCCAUCUUCACCUCCGACCUGGCCAAGGCCGCGGCGGCGAAGGCCAGCAGCCAGAGGGGCGGCAAGGACGGGCUCUUCGCGGCGAGGAACGUCCUCGACGGCGACGACGGCACGUACUGGGCGGCGGAGGACGGCAGGGGAGGGGAUGACGAGGAGGUCAUCCACUGGAUCCAGCUCGGAGAGAUGAACGAUUCAGUCGCCUUCAACGUGGUGAGGAUCCAGGAGCCCAUCGGGAUGGGGCAGAGGAUCACCCGACACGAGGUCCUCGCCGACGGCAGGGUGAUCGUGCCGGAUGGCACCACCGUCGGGCACAAGCGGCUGCACAGGCUGGCGCAGCCCGUGCGCGCGCGGCGGGUGAGGAUACGCAUCGUGGGGUCCCGCGGCCCGCCGCUGCUCUCCGCCGUGGGCCUCCAUUACGACCCCUUUUGGAGCGGCCGGUGGGGGGAGUACGUCGCCACCCAUUCCCACCCCUCCUAA